GAAAAAACAACCAUUAAUGAUGACAAGUAGUGGAGGCUAUUAUACAGAUGUACUGUACAUGCUAUGACUACCAAGAAAUCCUUUCAAACGGAUCUAAAAGAGCACUCGUGUUUUCAAGGUAGAGAAAACCUGUUUUCAUUGUUUUUACACACACACACACACACACACACUGCAUUAAUGAUCUGAAGGGUCAUUGAAAGAAUAUUAUGAUGAAACUACAGAACAAUCCCCUCCUCUCUACCCUCCUCCCUUGGUCUGGUCUAUCCAUCCUCUACUCUACUCCAUUGGUCUGGUCUGUCAAUCCUCUCUACUCUACUCCCCUGGUCUGGUCUGUCAAUCCUCUCUACUCUACUCCCCUGGUCUGGUCUGUCAAACCUCUCUACUCUACUCCAUUGGUCUGGUCUGUCAAUCCUCUCUACUCUACUCCAUUGGUCUGGUCUGUUAAUCCUCUCUACUCUACUCCCUUAGUAUGGUCUGCCUAUCCUGUAAAGUCACACCGCAAACAUUGUAUCUGGUGUUGACACGCGCUUUUAUUCAGCAUUGCUUUUUAUAGCCUAGUUUCGUCCACGUGUCUAUAAUGUAGACAGUUAGCUGAUCCCACGUCAAUCUACGUUUGCGCUCUCAAUACUGAAACGUUUUGAAACAGCCCGGAGACAGGGGCUCUGCGAGCUCAGAUGUUCCCGCGCUGGCGAUUAUGUCAACCACUACUGAGAGACGUGAAAAUCCUCUAGCGCCGCAGAGAGACCCGAGCUCCCGCAUCACUGAAGAAAACCUGGGAGAUAUGUCAUGCCUUCGAGUUUCACAUGACCCCAGGCGCCACUGCACUUUACACCACCGUCACCCCUCCUACCUCUUCACCCACUCUCCCCUACUGAACGCGAGCUGAGAGCUCGGAAUGGCGAAGGCAUCCGCAGCAUUCAUCCCCACACAGACGGGUGAAGAUCAUGGCACUCUUGUGCUUCCACAUGCACGGAAACACACACAUAUCCAUUUUGUAAAAUAACGAGGACAUGCCCGGUGUUUUACUGACAAGCCAUGGGCUAAUCUGGCACAGUCUAGUGAACAGAAAGCAAGGUGCCGAGGUUGCCAUUACUCAGUUUAAAAUCCGAGACUCACUUGUGACAUCCACUGUCGUUUCUGUUCAACCAUUCCUUUACCAUAAACUCUCUAUAGUGACGAGAGGACUAUGAAGCAUUCUCAACUCAGAAAAGUAAACGAAAACAUCAGCAGCACUGGCAGUAGGCUAUAUAUUAAUUGAGUAAUUGGCAUUCCGCGUAUCUGCUCGGUGUAUUGAACUCCCAAUCUUCUCCAAAACUGCAGAUGUAACGGAUGUGAAACGGCUAGCUAGUUAGCGGUGGUGCGCGCUAAAUAGCGUUUCAAUCAGUGAAGUCACUUGCUCUGAGACCUUGAAGUAGUGGUUCCCCUUGCUCUGCAAGGGCCGCGGCUCCGAUGGGUAACGAUGCUUCGAGGGUGACUGUUGAUGUGUGCAGAGGGUCCCUGGUUCGCGCCCGGCGAGGGGACGGUCUAAAGUUAUACAGACGCAAUGCCAAGAGUUUCAUACGAGAUCUCGCUGUCGAACUGGAAUUUAUUUACAACUACUGUCCUUAUUUUACGAAUAAAAUUGAGAAAAUAUUAUAUUCAAGUUCAAUCUGCCAAAAUAAACUAGGAUGGCCCAAUGGGUUGCCAAAUAGGUGCCAGAAUGACGUGCAUAUAGCGACAGGGAGACACAGCAAUGCCCUACUACAGGCUUUAACACUUGACAGUUCUAGUACAGUUCCUUUGAACUGAAUACGCUGAUAUCACAAAAACAAACGUACGCGCACACACUGGCUACAUGCACACAUACACGCAAGAAUGUCUAAUAAUAACAGUGUUCCUUCAUCCGUGACAACGCCCCUUGUUUUCUCGCAGAUGAGCAGCUUUUCCAUAGAAAUGGGAUGCAAAUCGAGUCCCUCUUCUCUAACAUACUACGCUGUGUGUGUGUACUGCGUGUAUGUGCUGAGCUCGCCUCCUCGCGACCCUAUGCCUGUGUACUUCGAAAACGGUUGCUGAACUUUCCACUAAAGAAACAUUGCUAUAGGACCGAUCACCAAGGAGCAAUUUCUCGCAGGAAACGUGGAUCUGUGAUUCAUAGAUGACGUCACAUGCACACGGAUGGCCACGGAUUGUUUUUACUCCUAGUCUCCAUUUAGCUAUACAUUCAUAUGUUCCUAUGGAAGACUAACGCCUCAAAUGCGUUCUAUAGGUUUCAGAGGCGACACUGUCUACAAACAGAUUCGACAUCUAUAUUGCUUGUUGAACGUGGAGAGAGGACGAUCCGGCACGCGUGCACCAGCGGAGCUUCUGUAUGGCAAUGGGCACGCUGGCACGGCUCUGCGACAGUGCCUGUAGGGUCACCAAGCGGCAAACAAUCAUAAUGGCACUGACCGUUCUAUUCCAUCGCCGAGAUAUUCAAUAGAGCGGUGUAGAGAGAAGAGAGGAGAGAGAGGAAUAUUUUGGCGGUGCUAAUAAUCUCCUCGUUACUGCAGCCACGCGCUGGCUCAUUGCGACAUCCAGAUGGUGCGCGCUGAUCGAUACAAUGAGAUGAGACGGAUUCAUCAUUAGCUUUGAGUGAAUUAUUCCAGCAACCUGCUGAAUUCUAUUUACUUCUCUAUAGCCUGCAUAAGACUGUCAAUAGAGAGAGAGCAUGGACUAAAUGAGAUAGGCAUAUAGAAUCUGUGAGCAGGUUCAUUGCAUAAUUGUUUCCACCUCUAGAUAGGCCUAUACCUGAAAUUGUUUAGGUAUUGCCUAAUCAAUUGUGGCGGUCAAUAAAUAAUAUAAUAUUCAUGAAUGGAUUUUAUAUUGUAGAUAUGUGAUAGUAGAGUAGUGGCCUGGGGGAACACACGUAAGGUGCUGUUAAAAGUAUUGUGAUAAUAUUUUAAAUUGUAUAUAAUUGCCUUAAUGUUGCUGGACCCCCAGGAACAGUAGCUGCUAAUGGGAAUCCUUAAUAAAUACAAAUAAAUCGUUACAGAGAGCUACUCCGAAAAUAACAAAUGGAUGGGGGGCAGCACCUGCUCAUGCUCAAUCAAACCAACCCAAUGUCAACGUGGCACUGCGGCCAACCAUCCAUUUGUACAAAGCCAGUCAGUCAGAAGUGCUGAAGCCUACACAGUAAUUGAGACUGCAGCAUUGGCGGCCGAACCACUGCCGACCCUACCGUCCAACUCUCCUAAGUAGAUCUGUUUAAUUGCAUUUAGGCCAAGGAAAAAAGGCAUUACACUCAGUGCCAUUGAGAUUCCCAGUUGAAAGCUGCAUUAGAAAUUAAUUGCUAAUGACAUUGAAUUACUUCAUAUAAUAAUUAGAAAACUAACUGGUGAACAUUUAGUGAAAACCAAAAUGGAGGACCCAAAGCGGAAUCACUCUUAACGACUUGGACGGCUUAGUUAAUUAGGUAAUUAUUAAACCAAAAAAGGCUGAGAAAAUAAUGUUUUGCUUCACAUCGUGAAUGUCUAUUGACUUGGUCUAUUAUGGGCGUUCCCAUUGCAUUAGACAGAAUAUAAACUACACAUAAACGAGUAACACGGGGGUUUAUGUAAUAGACAUAUUCCAGAUAGGCUAUUAAAACAUAUAAACAUAUUGGUGUUCCGUUCAGAACUGCUGCUUUAGGCUGAUGGAAUAUGAUGUAAACCAGGGUCGCAACUUUGGUUUUAGAAGUGUGGGGGACCUAAUUAUUAUUAUUUAUUUUUUAAAUGAUCCAGUCAGAUAAAGACUCCAACCAGCCUACCAGACCGCUCGGAGGCGUCCAGGUGGUCCUAAAGCACACCGUUGCCUCGUUUUGAAUCACAUUCCAAUUAUAAAACUGGGGGGGACAUAAAUGCAAUUUCAGAAUGUGGGGGACAUGUCCCCAUCUCUAGUGAAAGUUGCGCCCCUGAUGUAAACGAACCCAGUAUAAUAGCGAUGAACAAUGAUGUUCCGCCUCAUGUAGCGCGUUAUUGAGUAAACAGUAUAGGCCUAAUCAAUAAGCAUUCCUCCAGUGAAAACAUCUCCUGUGACAGAGGGUCGCGCUUGAAUGCACAGUGUAUGAUAGCUGUAGCUGGGCGGCAGGUCCAGGGGACUCGGAGGUGUCACGUCACUAUGUGUGGACCGAGCCAAAAAAAGUGUCAAACUGUGACAAUCAGCACCUCGCAGUGGUCCACUGUACCUAGGGGCGCGUGGAGAAUGAGUCUGUGAGCCAAGCAGAUCCGGGUGUUUCCGAAGAGCGCCAGGUCAGACACGGAGUUUGCUUCACUCCAGUCCACGCGCAACGUAGGACCGUCGACUGCCACUGUCAAAGGGAGAGAACGUAUAGGUGAACUGCAAAUCAACAUGCCAAGCAUGCCCCGAGAGGGACUCAGGAGCCACUGCAGGGGCUAACCCAGAGGGAGCGUUUAGAAUGCUCAGCGGGCCAUACGUGGUAUUUCAAUGUAGUGUCCCUUAGAUAAGGCCGAUUAUUAACCCCAGUUAGUACCAAUUUAGAAUAGUAACGCAAACAGGGUGCCCUUGAAUUGAGAUACCACGGGGGGCUAUCCGAGGGGGGCUCUCGUCGUGCACAUCAACUUUGCAGUCAUGCCACGUCAUGCUCUUAUGUCGUUUGUAUUGUUUUCAACACUGCAUGCACUUCAACCGCCCUCCAUUAUGAGUGCCAAGGCACUAACCAAUAGGCACAAAUGGAAAAAGACUAUGGGCACGUCGUGCUCUAGCGAGCUCAUAUGGCACCAUCCCUUCAGCCACCUUCCUCAGGCUGGAAUUGGCACUGAACAAAACCUAAUUGAACAACACCCCAGAGAAAUAGACCGAAUUGGCGUUGUUGUUUCAUAGUACACAAUCUCACACUCAUUCAUGCAAAUAUGUACAUAAAGUAUUUCAGCAGAUUUUGUGCGUUUUUGUGUGGAUUAAUUCGUGAGAAAAUACACACAUUUCUUGUGCGACUUCAUUCAUAGAGGAAAAAAACAUUUUUGGGAGUGCAAACUUUGGGAACAAUCUUUUUAAUGUUAUUGGAGCAGUGCAUUUUGGGCAAUGGUGUUCUACACUGCCUUUUUUUGUGUCUCACAUUUAUUUAUAUAAAAAACAAACGUGUUAACUGCCCAAUAUUGUUAAUCAACCCAGGUUGUCAAAAUACACCAAAAUACUUAUGGUAUAAUAGUAGCCUUAUUUGUAUUAAUGUCAAUGUUGUUUUCUUUGUCUGUUCCAGCUUAAUACUUUGGGUUACUGAUGCUAUGUCAGAUUUUAUGAGGGUUACCAGUGUCACGCCCUGGGGCCUGUUGCACAAAAGUAGAAUUAAGACAUCCGGGAUAAAUGACUCAGCUGAGCUCAAUGAAGCCAAAACAUGUGCGUCCAGGCUUAAUUGGUUGCACAAAGACCAAGCCAGGAUGAGCAGACACGGAUUCAUUAAGCCAGGUGAAACCAAUCCUGGAUAGGUGCGCGCUCACGGCUCACUCAAAUAGACCCCGCCACAGAUCACAGAUUAACUGAUUUACCAUGGCAACUAGAGCCGCGUACUUUUCCCCGUCGGAAGCACAAAUCCUCAUGGAGGCAUACGAGGAGGUAAAAGAUAUAAUUAAGAAGAAAGGCAACACCGCCACAGUGAUAAAGCAAAGAGAAAAAGCGUGGCAAAGUAUUGCAGACCGCCUGAAUGCGUAAGUAGUGCACAAUUACACACUCACCGCUCCGCUGAAACAUCACAAUUACAAUUCAAAUAUUUAAUUCACAUCUCCAAAAAUGCAGUUGUACUGUAAUUAUGAAACGGUUAAAUUUUUAAUUGAAAUGCACUGCAGAUAUGAGUGAAAUUGUGUAAAGUAACUCCAUCACACUGUAUAAAGCUAUGAUAAAUUUUUUGAUAUUUUUACUGAAAACAAGACAAAAAUACCAAGUAAUUUUUUGCAGUGUGACUCCAUUAAAUGUGUGUGUAGAUUAAACAUGAACGGGCCAAAACGGACAUGGCAGCAGGUCAAAAUCAAAUACAAGAACAUUCUGCAGAAUGCAGUGAAAAAGAAUACCCACAGACAAGGCACGGGUGGUGGGUCACCAAAGGCUGACCUUACCCCAGCAGAGGACAUGGCCUUGGAGCUAAAUAAAGGCAGGCCCGUCUUAGAGGGGAUCCCUGGGGGGAAAGAGACGAGCAUAGGUUCCUCCCAAGAUGCCACCCGCUUCAUUCAAGUGCCUGGCAGCACUGUGUUCCUGUUAGAGCCACCAGCACAAGCACCAGACGAUGCUGAUCCAGGUGAAGGCCCCAGUGCAGCAGCAACAGCACAUGAUGGAGACGAUGAUGAGGAGGAGACCAUCUCUCUGGAUUCCAGAAGGCAUGAGGACCCAGAUGCUAUACAGUGGGAAAACCAGCCUGGCAACAUAAGCUCACAAGCUAUCAGAAAGUUGUAUGGCAACCACCUCCGGCGCCAAAUAGAACUGGCAAACAUAGACAUUCAGUACAAGAAGAAAAAGAUGGAAAAUCUUGCACUGGAGUCCGAAAUAAAAAAGAGGACAAUUAGGAAACUGGACCUUGAAAUAAAAAAACUUGAGAGGGAGCUCCAAGAAGAUGACACAGCUCAAAAUAAAAAUUAGCAAUCAGUACAACCAAGUCAUCGUUAUAAGGCAUCGCCCUCUUUUGCCCACCCCCCCAGCACCAGGUGUGGCCACUAGCCUAUAUGAAGGCCCAAAAUUGUGUGUUCCUUUCUGCUCUGACAAUGGCAUGCCCAUUCGUGCGAGAUGUGGUGGAUGAAGAAGCACUUGUGCUGAGGAGAGCCUUCAGGCGAGAAAGGGUCUUCAGGGACCGGUUGGACCCACUGGCCUUCCCUGAUGACCAUCUAUAUGAAAGAUACAGGUUUUCUGCAGAUGGCAUCAGGUAUCUAUGCAGACUACUGGGUCCCAGGAUUAAGCACCGCACUGCACGGAGCCAUGCACUGAGUGUGGAGCAAAUGGUUUGUGUGGCCUUGCG